AUGUAUUCCAAUAUCCCCUCGUCAGCUGUCAACCAGCUCCUCCAGUCUCUCACACUGGAGGAGAAAGUCGCCCUGCUUGCGGGCAAGAACAUGUGGGAAACCGCCAACAUCGACCGGCUACACAUCCCCAGUCUGAAGAUGACCGACGGCCCGGCCGGAGCCCGCGGGUCCAAAUGGACGUACGGCUCCCUGACCACCUGGAUUCCGUGCGGGGUGUCGCUGGCCGCCACCUUUGAUCCGGCCCUGGUGGAGAAAGUCGGGACCGUUCUGGGGCAGGAGACCCGACGCAAGGGCUGCCAGGUCCUGCUGGCCCCGACCAUGAACCUAUCGCGCUCGCCCUUGGGCGGGCGGAAUUUCGAAGGCUAUGGGGAAGACCCCUAUCUGGUCGGGGUGAUGGCCAUUGCAAUGAUCCGCGGCAUUCAGAGCCAGGGGGUCGGGGCGUGCAUGAAACAUUUUAUCCUGAACGAUACCGAGACUCGGCGGUUCAAUGUCGACCAAACGAUUGAUGAGCGUACCCUGCGAGAGGUCUACAUGAAGCCAUUCGCCAUGGCUGCGCAGGAACCGGAAGCAGCGCCGUGGACGGCCAUGGUCAGCUACCCCAAGAUCAACGGGCUACAUGCCGAUCUCAGUCCUGAAAUCCUGCCGCGCCUGCUGAGAAAGGAGCUGCAGUAUGAUCGGUUGAUUAUGAGCGACUGGGGAGGUUUGAACAGUACGGUCGAAAGCUUGCUGGCCACGACUGACCUGGAGAUGCCGGGUCCGCCGGUACGUCGGGGCGAGCGCCUGUUAGCCGCCAUUCAGGCCGGUCGCAUUGAUGUGGCCACACAUGUCGAUCCGAGUGUGCGACGAAUGCUGCAGCUCCUGGAACAAACGGGAUUACUGAACAACCCCUCUGAUUCCACGGAGGUAUCCUCCAAGCAAACCACCAACGACCCUACGCUUCAUCAGAUCGUGCGCGAGGCGGCGCAAAGUGGCCUUGUGCUGCUGAAAAACGAGAGCGUACUGCCUCUUCAACCCUCGAGGCUGCGGAAGAUCGCAAUCAUUGGGCCCAACGCGCGCAAGCCCACGGCUGGUGGAGCGGGCAGCGCCGCCGUCAAUCCUUUCUACAUCACCACGCCCGAAGAGUGUCUCCGCAACGCGCUUCGGGCUGCGAACCCGGACAUCAAGCUCACAUAUCGCUCCGGCAUCCGCGACAGUCUGCGCCCCCCUCUUUUGGGCGGUCAAUUGACCGUCCCGGACGGAUCCCGCCAGGGUCUGCACGGGCCGGUCGUGGCGACCAGUCUUGAUGGGGAUAUUCCAGCCGCGCUGGAGGUAGUCACUCCAUCCGAAUCGGGCCGCUACACCUGGAGCCUAGCCAACACUGGAAAAGCCAAGUUUGAGUGGAACGUUGUGACUGGUGGCUUCCUGGGCUGCUCGAGUGAGGACCGGACCGCUAUAGACAAUGUCGUGACCUUGCCGCUCGUCGACGCCUUCGACAACACGCUAUUCCCUCGCAUAUCGGGCGUGCGCGACGAGACGCUGAUGCUGGAGCAGGCUGUUGAUUCGGCCCGCGAAGCAGACGUGGCUGUGGUCGUCGUCGGCCACAACAAGGAUUCCGAAGGGGAGGGAGGCGACCGGGCCCACAUGCAGCUCCCGGAUCGCACCGACGAGCUCGUGGGCGCUGUCUGUGCAGCCAACCCCAAUACGGUUGUCGUCGUGCAGUCGGGCAGGAUCGAAAACGGCCAGGCCCUGGCGGAGGCUCUCCUGGGUCAUUGCAACUUCUCGGGCAAGCUUCCCAUCACCUUUCCCCAGCGACUCGAGGAUCAUGGCUCGAGCGCCUGGUUUCCUGGAGAGGCUGCGCAGGAUCGCAACACAUUUGGGGAAGAAGUGUUGGUUGGGUAUCGGCAUCUCGAUGCCCGGGGGAUUCCGCCUCUGUGGUCAUUUGGGUUCGGCCUCUCCGGCACCCUCAGCGUUGUUUCUUCUCCUGAGACCAGGGUUUCAGUCCACGCGCGGGUCCUGAACGUUGGGGGUUGCGACGGGCAGGAAGUGGUGCAGGUGUACGUGGCUCCCUCGGCACGUAUCGAGGAGAUGGGCCUGGUCAGCUAUCCAAGAACGUUAGCCGGCUUCGCCAAAAUCGCCGUCCCUGCAGGAGAGUCGCGCGAAGUGACUAUCACCAUUCCUGGAUCGGAGCUGCGAUGGUAUGAUGUGAAAACCGGGCAGUGGCGAUUGGAUGUGGGCAAGUAUAAGUGCUGGGUUGGGCGUACCUGUCUAAACUGCCGAGACAAGCACCUGAAAUGUGAUGGCAAUCUGGCUGGAUGUACUCGGUGCCAGUCAAUUGGUCUUCCAUGCCACUUCAUUCCCUCUCGCCGUGGUCGCAAAUGUCGCCCAGCCUUGCCAUCUUCUUCGAUUUUAUCCCUCGCCUCACCUGUACCAUUGAAGUCAAUGGCUGAGCCACAUGAACAUGAACAUGAUCUGCAGCAAUUCGCUUCGCUCCGGGGACAGGAACAAGGCUUGCAGUUGAUUUCCCUCUACUACCUCCACUUUCACCAGGCACAUCCUUUCCUGCCCCCAAUGGAAACUCUCCUAGAAUCCAAUUCCCCUUCUUACUUACUGGAUAUCAUGGAGUUUACCAGUCUACAUUAUUUGUCGCCUCAGUUUUUCCAUGAUGGCAGCAAGACACUACUUCUGGCGGUGCAGGCCGCCGAUUUGACGGUCGAAAAGACACAGGCCUUCCUGCUUCUGGCCAUCUUACAACACGGGCGACAGCAAAGCCACGAGGCUCGGUCUUGUCUCGGCCAGGCCCUCCAGUGUGCGCUGGAAUUGGGUCUGCACGGUCGCGAGGCUUCCGAUGCGCUUAGCGUAGACGCUCCCUUGAGGGCCGAGAGUCUCCGACGGACGUGGUGGGAGAUUUUUGUGGUUGAUGUGCUACUCGCAGCUGUUCAGGCCGAUGGAUACCUCCAAUUUGAAAUGAGAGAGACGCCCCAAGUCCCCCUUCCCUGCGGUCCAGAAGAGUAUCACUCAGGUUGUAUUAUGAGUCCUCUCCCGCCCACCCUCGCCGACAUGGAACAGAAUGGUCUGUUCUGCGGAGAUGACGAGUUCUCUCCCGGUGCCUACCGGAUCGAAGCCGCCAUGAUGCUGCGGAAAUGCUUGCGCGCCGGCGAGUCGCAUAUCACUCAGGAGACGCUCGACGUACUCAGCGCCGCCAUCACCGCGUGGUUCCAUCGAUUGCCAUCCAGUCAACGCCCCAUUCUCCAGUCGAAUGGUGUUUUGGAGGAGGCAAUGAUGCAGGCCGUGAUGCUGAUGCACUGCGCCAGUAUCUAUCUGCACUUCCCACGUUCUUGCCUUUUGGCCUUUCUCCCCAUCACCGGCCGCAUCCUUUGUUCGUCGCCGCCCGCCCUCGUCACCACUUCCCCGGACCCUCAAUUGCACACCGCAAAAGUAGCGGAGAGUGCCGUCCAACUCUCCCGACUCGCGUCAUUCCCAUUCUUUGCUUGCACACUGGUGAUAAGCUCCGUGAUACACGUAGCACUCAUGCUCAGCGAUGGCCUGCAACCCCCGGGGCCCAGGCAGCAGUAUUUGGCGCUGAAUUUAGGGGCGUGGCCCAUUGCUGCGAGCGCGAUGCAACGAAUUCGUCAGGCUGUGAUGGAGGUUCACGCAGCAGUCUCGUGCGACACUCGGCCUCUGCUGGACGUUUUCUCUCCCUCCACCUCCACGUGA